CAAUCUGAUAAAAGCACCCUCAACGUCAAAUUUUAAUUAGCAAGGUGUCUUCCGAUUGACCAAGUCACACUAUUUACUAAUCUUGACCAGCAAAAUGACUGCAAAGGUGACUUGCUUGAUAUUUUUGGGACUUCUUGGAACUGCUCUUGCUUGUCCUGUUGGAUUUGAUUAUGUGGCGGGUAAGUGCUACAAGAUGGGCGAAUCUACUACUAAAGUAGAUGCUGCUAAGAAAUGUGUGGAAGAGGAACAAGGCGAUCAUCUGUGGAUCAUUGAUUCCGAUGAAGAGUUUGACAAGGUCAUGAAACAUUUCUUCCAAUCCGGAAUGCAUUCAGGAGCCCGUGGUCAAAUUUGGACUGAUGGAGAAUUCCUCGAGAAUGGAUUGACUUGGAUGACUACGAACACACUAGUCUAUUUUGAACCAGACAUGGGGAGUUACGAAGGCGCGUGUUGUAGCGGAAUGGGUUGCACCACUCCCAUCGAUCUAUUUCCGGGCCCCUGUGCUGCCAUUGGACCGGUUUCAAUGUCAGCAAUUGAAAGUGGAUACGGAUUUCUAGGUUGCGAAUGCGAUGGCGAAUCCAAGUUGUCUUAUAUUUGCGAAACCACAGAUGUGGGAACGUUCCAAUGUCCUUCGAAUGAGGGUCUUUUUGAGUCGUCUCCGUGUUCAAAUAUGUUUUUUAACUGCUUUGACGGAAUUCCAUACCAAGAAUAUUGCCCUGAUGAAAUGGUGUAUGACGAGGAAAAUGGAUAUUGUAAUUUCCCGGCCGACACGCCCAGUUGCAAUCCUAACUCCUCCGCUUCUGAUGACGAUGAAAUUAACAAGACUAAAAGGGCCUGAAUACGCCAUGAGGACAAAUUGAGAUAUAAUGAACAUGCAUAUCGGAAUUUGAAAUAGAUUG